AUGACUGAGGGAAUGGACGACAUCUCUGCAGGACCAGCUCCCCCCCCUGGAUCGGCCUCCCCCACCAGCUCUACUGUUGAUACCGGACAAGUCCCUGAGGAGAAACCAGAGGAGACAGUGGCAGCUGGCGAGAGUGGGGAGGAGGGUGCAGAGGGAGGUGGUGGUGGUGAUGGGGAGCAUUUGGGGGCUUUGGGAAUUGUGGCCUUGCCAGGGACCUGCUGUGUGUGCAUAGAGAUGGAACAGAUUAACCAUUGCCUGCACUCUGAGAAAAUCUGCAUUCUUCCCAUUCUGGCCUGUCUGCUUAGUUUAGCCCUCUGCACAGCUGGCCUCAAAUGGGUCUUUGUGGAUAAGAUCUUUGAGUACGAACCACCCACACACCUAGAUCCUAAACGCAUCGAACAGAACCCAAUUAUCAUAUCAGUUUCCCCGACGGUAGGACUGACUGUGUCGAUUCCUCAUUCAUCUCCGUCGAUUGUCUCCUUGACCACCGCCGUUACCCCAGGACGUCCUGACGUUUUCGUAGAAGAGAAAUCGACACGAGGGUCGUUCAUGCCUCAGUCUCCACGAGUGACUCAGCCUGAUCCCUCUGUUACACUGAAAUACAACGCUGAACGUCCCACCGUCCCAAAGCAGACUCCCCACCCUCAGACAACACAAGAAUUAAACGACAUCAUCAUCCCAACAAUCUCUGCCACCAGCACCACCACUACAGCCAAGACCUCCAGUCACGUGACACGCUGCAGCGACAACCAGAGGAACUACUGCGUUAAUGGAGGGGAGUGCUUCACCCUUGAAAUCAUGCCAGGCAGCACAAAGUUUCUUUGCAGGUGUCCAAAUGAAUUUACUGGUGAUCGCUGCCAAAACUAUGUAAUGGCCAGCUUUUACAAACAUCUUGGGAUUGAAUUUAUGGAAGCUGAGGAGCUGUAUCAGAAACGUAUUUUAACAAUAACAGGAAUCUGCAUUGCACUCCUAGUCGUUGGAAUCAUGUGUGUGGUUGCCUACUGCAAAACAAAGAAGCAGAGGAAGAAGCUCCAUGACCGUCUGAGGCAGAGCCUGAGGAAUAAGAGGAAAAAUACCAAUACUGGUAUUGGCCCUAAUCUGGCAAGCUCAGCCAGAGGACGUCAGAUUUCUAACUUGCCUCUUCAAGAUUUGCAGCUUAUCAAUCAAUGUAAUGGGACGACUAUACAGCAUGCAUCUGAGAUGGAGACAGAAACAAACUUCUCAACAAGCAAAAGUGCUUUAACUGCGCAUGAACCCACCACAUUCACCCACAUCUCUAGCCAAAGCUGGAGUAAUGACUGGAGCAACAGUGUUCUGUCUGACACUGAGUCUGUCUCGGUGAUGUCAUUGGCGGAGAAUAGCCAGCGUGCCACACAGAGCAGACGGGAUCGUCUGAAUGCCACUGGCGGCAGCAAAGACUUAAGUGCUCAUUCAAAGAAGUGCCGAGACACACCCAACCUCGACAGGGACUUGCCUUAAAGUACAAGGUAUGCAUCUGCCAUGACGAACCCGACACAGCUGUCUCCGGUGUCCUGCACCUCUCCUGCAACUCCAGGGUCUCCUUCAUCAGAGAUGUCCGCCCCCCUGUCCAGCCUGGCCAUCUCUGUCCCCUCGGUGGCUCUAAGCCCCUCCGGCGAGGAGGAGCGCCCCCUGCUGUUGUCAAACUCACAUCAGCCACGCAAGUCUUCAAACCGAGAUGAACAGAAGAGGAUCUCGGCCCACUACAACCAUGGCCAUGUGGCACACAGCUUACCGCCUAGCCCGCUGUUUCCUAAUGGGAAUGGUUACUACCAAAGCAUAGGUGACCAUGACACCACAGCUGGCAGCCAGAUGUUCUCAGCAUCACCUGAGAAGCUUCUUACGAACAACAACAUCAACAACUGCAGCACCAAACGAGUCCCCAACGGCCAUGUGGUGUGUAAUGCGGAGUCCAGUGGUGACAGCAUGCUAGUGAGCGAAACAGAUGCGCCUCAAGUGGAACACACACCCUUCUUUACUACAGAUAGCACUGCAAGCCUGCUGCUCGGGGCUUUGGACAGCAGCAGGACUAACCCAGCAUCUCUAAAUGAUGACCUGCAAGACAAGUCAUGCAGUUCCAUCCCCACCACCAAACUAAAUCCAGUUGCUGUGUAA